GGAGAGAUUCAUCCAGCGAGUUAGAAGAGGUUUCCCGCCCGACAUCAUUGCCCUGCCCAGCUGCAGCAGACGACGACGAUGAUAUCAGCAGUCUGCCGGGCAGUGUCAACAGUCCGGACACUGAGAUGACCUUUCCUAAGAUGACCACCUCUCGUAUAGAAGAAUCCAAUGUGUGA